UCGGCUACUACUGUUACUGCUUCUACAGAAGCAGAUGUCUAUGGUCAAGCAGCGUCAAAUCUUGUUGCAGGCCGCAAUUUUGAAGAAACCAUUCAGCAAAUUCUUGAUAUGGGUGGAGGAAGUUGGGACAGAGACACUGUUGUGCGUGCUUUGCGUGCUGCUUUCAACAACCCAGAGAGAGCUGUUGAAUAUUUAUAUUCUGGCAUACCGGAGCAAGCAGAAGUUCCCCUUGUUCCUCGGCCUCCUGCAAGUAGUCAAGCUACCAACCCUCCUGCCCAGGCUCCACAACCUGCACAACCAGCCCCUCCUUCCAGUGGACCCAAUGCGAAUCCACUAGAUCUAUUCCCACAGGGUCUACCAAAUGUGGGUUCUAAUGCUGGUGCAGGUUCGUUGGACUUUCUACGCAACAGUCAACAGUUCCAAGCAUUGCGAGCUAUGGUGCAAGCAAACCCCCAAAUUUUGCAGCCCAUGCUUCAAGAACUGGGGAAGCAAAAUCCACACCUAAUGAGGCUUAUUCAAGAGCAUCAGGCGGACUUCCUUCGCUUGAUCAAUGAACCUGUUGAAGGAGCAGAAGGGAAUUUACUGGGGCAACUGGCAGCAUCUAUGCCACAGGCGGUGUCAGUCACACCUGAGGAGCGUGAAGCCAUCGAACGGCUUGAGGCAAUGGGCUUUGACCGAGCUGUUGUACUGGAGGUGUUCUUUGCCUGCAACAAGAACGAGGAGCUGGCUGCCAACUACCUUCUAGAUCACAUCCAUGAAUUUGAAGAUUAAUCAGUGGUUGGAACAAAAGUUGUCCUUUCUUUGUUCGUUCUUUUAUGCGUUGAGAAGUCUAUAUUGUGGAGUAGACAAGGAGUUCAAGAACAUUUCUUCACUCUCACCACCUCACCACCUCAUCUUCUCAUAGUUUUUCUUUGUGAAGAUUUAUUAUUAUAUAUAGUGUGUUCGGAUUCAGUAACUGUGUAUAGAUGUUUGCGGCCUAUCUUUCAGGUCAUAAUACUCCUUCCAAAAAUUCUGUGAUC